AUGGAGGCAACCGUUACCAAGGAAGGCAAGCGCGGAGGCUACUGUGGUCGUUCCGGCAAGAGAUGGAAACUUGGACCAACGUGGUGCUGCAGUGCGCAGAGAAGUGAUGAAACGCUUCACCGUACAGAUUCAAACCGCUCAGUGAACUUCAGAGUUCAAAGUUCUUUCGCCAUUUUAUUUUUGUUUGUAAUGGAAUUCCCACUUCAUUUGUGCUUGUCUUAUGCAGGUGAGUUCAAACCAGCUGGACAAACAACAUGCUUAAUGGGUUAUAUGCAGUCACAAAGACCCACAAAUGUCACCCAAAAGCCCACACUGUACGCUAAGGAAUUUCAAUUAUCUCACGUUCAAGGAGCUUUCUCAAAACACAGAGCUCCAGCACGUACUACACCCACGCCAUCCCCAGGGCGUACUGCACUGAUUCCUCAUAGACCUGCUAUUGUUCAAGUAAUUACAAUUGCGUGUAUAGCCUUCAGUAUUGCCCUGAUAUGUGGGAUCACUAUUUCCUACAUGAUAUAUCGACUGGUACAGGCUGAGGAAAAACAACAACUUGCAUCACUCUAUAAAAAUGUCAAAAUACCAUUAUUAGGAGAUGAAGAGGAGGGCUCUGAGGAUGAGGGCCAGGAUGAGUCCACGCACCUCCUUCCGGAGAGUGAGAAGGAACCGGAAAAGUUCAUUCAUUCAGUCAUUAGAUCAAAAAGAAGAAAACAUAUGGAAAAGAAGAGAUUGAACACAGAGCAAAAGUUGGUAAAGGAAGUGGAAAUAAAGGAUGCUAUACAUACCACAAAUCCGGGGUGUCUGUGAAAAGAAAUGAAAGAGAGGCAGGACAUGCUAGCCAGUGUGGGGAAACAGUGACAGAUGACAGAAUGUGAGCAUGACCUGCUCCUGGAGAACCUUGUGCAAGAGCACUCUAAAGGAAGAACACCAGACAUAAAAACAGGAAAUAAAUUCAUAUGAUAUAGCAAUCUUGCUUCCUAGUUCUUAGAGUUUAUGAAUAAACACAACGUAAUUGUAAAAGGAAAAAAUCCAACUUCGUAAGUGUGAAAGAGAAAUUGUCAGGAUUUUCUUUUCUCACUCCUAACCAGUAGUUUCUUCGGGUAAGUCUCUCAGACCAGGUGAGGAAACCACUUUCAUGAAACAAAGCUUCCCCAGUGACAUUAUCUGUUAAUUCCAGUAGCUCGCUUCCAUUUUACGUAUAACAAGACUGAGAAUGUCAAAAUGAAUAUGACAGCAGACAGUAACCUUUGUUUUUAGGGAUCUGGGACCUGGUGCAGGAAAUAGGUCUGCAGGCAAAGAGCUAUAAAGCAUUGCCAGAUGUACUGAGUGCUGUAAACUGGGAGUCACUGAGAGCUGUGGAAACACAAAAGGGGCAGGAUUUAAUCUGAGCGGUGCUAUUGGUGUGGAAAACAGUCUGAUGGUUCCUCGAAAAGGAUCUUAGUUUGCCGACCAGGGAUUGAACCGGGGCUACCGCAGCAAAAGCGCUGAAUCCUAACCACUGGACCGCCAGGGAAAUCCCUGGACCGCUUUUUAUCAAGUGUCAAGCACAUGAGAAGAGCAUGAAUCUUCUCAGGCAGAUGUGUCUUAGCAAGAAUCACUGAGGCAGGCAGAGUUCUAAGAUGGCCCCAAGACUCCUGCCCUCUGGUGUACACAGCUGUGUAGUUCCCUUCUCUUGAGUGUGGGUCUUUGAAUAUGACGGAUGUCACUCUUGUGAUUAUGAAAAAGUGAUGGGAUUGUCGCUCUCUUAAUUGUUACAUUAAGCCACCUGUCCAAGUCUUCAGGGACUGGCUCCAUGCAGGGAAAGACAUUUACUAAUCAACACAGUGUGAAGGCUUCAGGCUUUCUCAGUUUUUUUCCAGACAUGCAUCUUCCCUGGUGUGUGUGUGUGUGUGGGUUUGUGUGUGUGUGUGUGUGUGUGUGUGUUUCACCAGUUCUACCAUAUACAGUAUGCUGUAUUUAUUUUUAUUUUUUUAAAGUAGGAUUAAAAGCCUUUUAGUCCUUUUUUUUAAAUUAAUUUUUGGCUGCAUUGGGUCUUCGCUGCUGCGUGAGGGCCCUCUCCAGUUGAGGCUAGCCUGGGCCUUUCACUGCGGUGGCCUCUCCCUGCUGCGGAGCAUGGGUUCCAGGCACAUGGGCCCAGCAGUUGUGGCUCACGGGCUCCAGAGCACAGGCUCAGUAGCUGUGACACUUGGGCCCAGCUGCUCUGAGGCAUGUGGGAUCCUCCCGGACCCGUGUCCCCUGCAUUGGCAGGUGGACUCCCAACCCCUGUGCCACCAGGGAAGUCCUUAUGCUGCAUUUAAAUGUCUUGAUUUCCCUAAUAGUCUCACUCCCCACCCUUGCUCCGACUCUUCUCAGGGCAUUAAACAUUCUACUGCACUCCUCUG